CUUUGCCCAUUCUCUCCCGCCGUUGUUGUGGAUGCGGUGGUCGCCUUUCUGACCUCUUUUAAUACCUGUGUGCGGAGCUUGCUUCUCUAUGGUGCGGCUCCGGCCAACCCUCCUUCAACAUGCAGUCCUCCCCAAACAUGCUCACCAAGUUUGAAUCCAAAUCCUCCCGCGCGAAGGGAAUUGCCUUCCAUCCCAAGCGGCCAUGGAUCCUAGUAUCCCUUCAUUCAUCAACCAUCCAAUUAUGGGAUUACCGCAUGGGAACCCUCAUUGAUCGCUUCGAAGAACACGAUGGCCCCGUUCGUGGCAUUGACUUCCACCCGACACAGCCCCUCUUCGUCUCCGGAGGUGACGACUACAAGAUCAAGGUCUGGAACUACCAGACCCGCCGUUGCAUGUUCACACUGAAUGGCCAUCUGGACUACGUGCGGACGGUAUUCUUCCACCAUGAGCUGCCAUGGAUUCUUUCGUGUUCGGACGAUCAGACCAUCAGAAUCUGGAACUGGCAAAACCGCUCCUUGAUCUGCACCAUGACCGGCCACAACCACUAUGUGAUGUGCGCGCAGUUCCAUCCUACCGAAGAUCUCAUCGCCUCCGCCUCCUUGGACCAGUCGGUUCGCAUUUGGGAUAUUUCGGGUUUGCGGAAGAAGCACUCGGCCCCGACGUCCAUGUCCUUCGAAGAUCAGAUGGCCCGCGCCAACCCCGCCCAGGCAGAUAUGUUCGGAAACACUGAUGCGGUGGUGAAGUUUGUUUUGGAGGGUCACGACCGGGGUGUCAACUGGGUGUCUUUCCACCCGACUCUGCCCCUGAUUGUCUCCGCGGGUGACGAUCGUCUUAUCAAGCUGUGGAGAAUGAGUGACACAAAGGCAUGGGAAGUUGACACUUGCCGUGGACAUUUCCAGAAUGCGUCUGCUUGUCUGUUCCACCCACACCAGGACCUGAUCCUAUCCGUCGGUGAGGACAAGACUAUCCGGUGCUGGGAUCUGAACAAGCGCACGUCCGUCCAAUCAUUCAAGCGCGAUCUGGACCGCUUCUGGGUUAUUGCUGCUCACCCGGAAAUCAACCUGUUCGCCGCUGGUCACGACACUGGUGUCAUGGUGUUCAAGCUGGAACGUGAGCGUCCUGCCUCGGCCGUCUACCAGAACCAGCUCUUCUACAUCACCAAGGAGAAGCACGUCAAGUCGUAUGACUUCGCCAAGAACGUCGAGACCCCUCCUAUGCUGUCCUUGCGCAAGCUCGGCUCCCCCUGGGUGCCGCCUCGCACCCUCUCGUACAACCCCGCUGAGCGUGCCAUCCUGGUCACCUCUCCUACUGAUGGUGGCGUGUACGAGCUGAUCCAUCUCCCGCGGGAUGCUACUGGCGCCGUUGAACCCACGGAUGUCAAGCGCGGCCAGGGCUCUUCUGCUGUCUUUGUUGCGCGCAACCGAUUCGCCGUCUUCAGCCAAGGCAACCAGCAGGUGGACAUCAAGGACCUGAGCAACUCGACCACGAAAUCGAUCAAGCCUCCGGCUGGCACAACCGACAUCUACUUUGGCGGUACUGGUUGCCUGCUCUUCAUCACGCCCACCAACGUCGUUCUCUUUGACAUCCAGCAGAAGAAGCAACUGGCGGAGCUGGCUGUGAGCGGUGUCAAGUACGUUGUCUGGUCUAACGACGGCCUUUACGCUGCCCUGCUCAGCAAGCACAACGUCACCAUCGUGACCAAGUCCCUCGAGCAGGUGAGCAGCUUGCACGAAACCAUCCGGAUCAAGAGCGCAGCCUGGGAUGACGCUGGCGUCCUUCUCUACUCCACCUUGAACCACGUUAAAUACUCCCUUCUGAACGGUGACAAUGGUAUCAUUCGCACUUUGGAUCAGACAGUCUACCUCGUCAAGGUCAAGGGCCGCAAUGUCUACUGCCUGGAUCGUAAUGCCAAGCCUCGCGUUCUGGAGAUUGACCCUACCGAGUACCGCUUCAAGCUUGCUCUUGUCAAGAGGAACUACGAUGAAAUGCUACAGAUUAUCAAGACCUCAAGCUUGGUCGGUCAGAGUAUCAUUUCCUACCUGCAAAAGAAGGGGUACCCGGAGAUUGCGCUGCAGUUCGUACAAGACCUUCAGACCCGCUUCGAGCUUGCGCUGGAGUGCGGCAACCUGGAGGUGGCUAUUGAGAUGGCUAGGGAACUCGACCGUCCCAAGUUGUGGAGCAGACUCGGAGCCGAGGCUCUCGCUCACGGUAACCACCAGACGGUGGAGAUGUCCUACCAGAAGCAAAGAAACUUUGACAAGCUGUCCUUCCUGUACCUCGCCACUGGUGACCAAGAGAAGCUGUCGAGAAUGGCCAAGAUCGCCGAACACCGUGGUGAUUUCACCUCGCGCUUCCAGAACGCCAUCUACCGCGGCGACGUUGAAGAUCGGAUUCAGAUGUUCAAGGAAGUUGACCAAUACCCCCUCGCAUACCUCACCGCCAAGUCUCACGGUCUGACGGAAGAGGCUGAGUCAAUCCUCGAAGCCUGCGGGCUCACAGAGGACCAGAUCACCCUUCCCUCCGUCGACGAACCUGCGCGGGUCCCCCAUCCGAUUGUUCCUACCUUCAAGUCGAACUGGCCUGUAAAGGCUGCUGGCCAUUCCUCUUUCGAGAAGGCCCUGCUUGGUGAGGUUGGUGCCGGCGACGAGGAGGCUGCGGCGAUCGAGUUUGAGCCCGAGGAGGAGGACGAGGCUAUUACUGCGCGCGAUACCCUCGAGGAUGAGGAAGAGGAUGUCGCUGGAUGGGAUAUGGGAGAUGAGAUCAAUGUCGAGGAGGACGUUGACUUCGUGAACGUGGACAGCGCAGAGGCCGGUGCGGGCAGUACCGAGGCCGACCUGUGGGCUCGCAAUUCCCCUCUGGCAGCCGACCAUGUCGCCGCUGGCUCUUUCGAGACUGCUAUGCAACUGCUUAACCGUCAAGUGGGUGCGGUCAACUUUGCCCCUCUCAAGCCGCGGUUCUUGGAGGUGUACAAGGCCUCCAAGACUUUCCUUCCGGCCUCCGCUGGCCUGCCCCCGUUGGUCAACUAUGUCCGUCGCACCGUCGAUGAGACGGAUAGCCGCAAGGUCUUGCCUAUCAUCCCCAAGGACCUGGAGACGAUCGCCAACGUGGAUCUGCAGGAGGGUUACGCCGCCAUGCGGGCCAACAAGCUGGAAGAUGGCGUGCGGAUCUUCCGCAACAUCCUGAACUCCGUUCUGGUCAACACUGUCUCGUCCGAGGCGGAGGUUGAGCAGGCGAAGAAGAUUGUUGAGACCGCUCGGGAAUACAUCCUGGCCAUGUCUAUUGAAUUAGAGCGCCGUUCCAUCCCCACCGAUACCCCCGACAACCUCAAGCGAAGCCUCGAACUUUCCGCUUACUUCACGAUCCCCAAGCUGGAGGUUGCACACCGGCAAUUGGCGCUUAUGGCUGCUAUGAAGCUGGCGUUUGCUAACAAGAACUACUCUUCGGCCCUCAGCUUUGCCAACCGCAUGCUGGCUAACGGUGGCUCGCCUAAGCUCCUGGAACAGGCCAAGAAGAUCAAGGCGCAGUGCGAGCGCAGCCCGCAAGACAAGAUCGACAUUGAAUUCGACCAAUUUGCCGAAUUCGAUAUCUGCGCUGCCUCGUUCACACCGAUCUACGGCGGCUCGCCGAGCGUGUCGGACCCGUUCACGGGCGCCAAGUACCACGAUCAGUACAAGGGCACUGUGUGCCGGAUCUCGCAGGUGACGGAAAUCGGUGCGCCGGCCAGCGGGCUGCGGCUGUUCGUCCCGGGUCAGUACUGAGGAUGAUGACGAGAUGUGACGGCUUUCCUUUUUCUUUCUUCACGCUUGUAAUUCCCCGUCUCAAUGUGCAAACAUGAUAGAAAUGGGCUUUCUCUGGUGGGGAAAAGGGAGGAUGGAUUCUGGUUGGGGAGGAAGGUUGGCGCCAUGGCUGGAGGAAGCUCCUGCUUUGGAUUGUCCCGAUGUGUGAAAUUCUUAAUUCCAGCGACGUUAGUAUAUUCAUUCAUCUAUUUAUUGUUAUUGAUGUUGUUUUGAGAUAUUUCUAUUAUUUUCUUCUCUUUCUUCAUUUCUAUUGCAGAACUGUUCUUGUACAAAUAAAGAGGUGAGAU